AUGGAAGCUCAAUCAUCGAAUGAAGCUGGCCAAAAAGAAGGAGAAGAAGAGAAAUCAUCGGGUAAUAGUGAUGAUGAACAACUACUGACGGAAGAAUCCACUUCCGACGACCGUGUGCAGCGCAAACGAUCACGUUUCAUAUCUCAUCCCGAAGAAGAAAUCGAUCACAAGAGAGAUAAUGAACAAACUAAUGACAAUAUAAGUGAAGAAACAAAAGCAUCAUCAAAAAACCAUGAUAAAUUAUUGGACGAUAAAGUGACUUCUACAAAACGUCGUAGAUUAAACAUAGACAGCACCGAAGUGACGGAUGAAGAGAGGAAAACAAGCAAUUCAAUUCAAACAACAAACACGACGAAGAAUGAAACGAAAGAUGAAGUAUCUGCGACAGCAUCAACGACUACUGAUGACGACAACGAUGAUGAUGAUGAUGAUGAUGACGAAGAAGAGGAGGAAGACGAAGACGAAGAUGAAGAUGAGGAUGAUGAAAUUAAAAAUGAUAACAAUCAGGAAGACAAUACCAACGAGGAAGAAAAUUUACCACCUACCGUCAAUCGUCAUUUGUAUCUACGACAACGUGAACUUGGCAUUUUCCACCGGCCAAGACAGCGUACAACAAGUCGCGUAUUUCAUGAAAAUAUUAUAGCUAGUCGAAAUAUCGUUCAACGAAUGAAAGUAUCUCAUUCACUCGAUGCUCAUAAUGGUUGUGUCAAUGCUUUAUCAUUCAAUCGAAUUGGAACACUAUUGGCAAGUGCCUCGGAUGAUUUACAAAUCGUCGUAUGGGAAUGGACUAGGCCACAGAUUGCCGCCAUGUUCGAUAGUCAUCAUCGCAGCAAUGUAUUUCAAGCAAAAUUCGUACCAUUGUCAUGUGACUAUAAGAUUGUGAGUUGUGCAAGAGAUGGUGAAGUUCGUCUCGCUGAACUCCAUUCAUCGGGAACCUUAUCAAGUACAAAAAAAAUUGCUCAGCAUCUAUCAUCAGCUCAUAAACUAUCUGUAGAUACAACAACAGGCACUGAUAUAUUCUCUUGCGGCGAAGAUGGCGUCGUCUAUCAUAUUGAUCUUCGUGAUAACAAACCUAAUAAAUUAUUAACAGUUAGCAAUGAGAGGACUAAUAAAUUACCUCUAUACUCGAUCGAAUUGAAUCGAAAUCAUCAGAAUGAAUUUGUCGUAGCCGGAAUGGAUCCACAUAUUCGACUCUUUGAUCGUCGAUACAUCGAACCACAAGCGAAUAAACCGUUGAAAAGCUUCUGCCCAGAUGUAUUGAAAAAGAUUGAAGAUCGACGGAGUCAACCAUCUGUUACUUGUGCUGUUUACAAUCAUAAUGGCACGGAAAUCCUAGGCAGUUACAACGAUGAAGAUAUUUAUUUAUUUGACGCAACACAUUCAGACGGUGCCGAUGCCAUUCACCACUAUCAAGGCCAUCGAAACAAUAAUACAGUGAAAGGUGUGAAUUUCUAUGGUCGCAAUUCUGAGUAUAUCAUAAGUGGAAGUGAUUGUGGCCAUGUAUUCAUGUGGGAUAAGCCGACAGAAAAAUGUGCUUGGUAUGCCAAGGGUGAUGACGAUGGAACAGUUAAUGUUCUCGAGCCACACCCAUGUUUUCCCAUUAUUGCCACUAGUGGUCUCGAUCAUGAUGUGAAAAUAUGGGCGCCACUUAAUCACAAUUCAGUCGAUUAUAAACGAUUAAAAAUGAUUAUGAAACGUAAUGCUCGCGAUCGUCAACGUGAACUUCAAUUCCCGAAUAUGUUUGAUUCGGACCCAACUAGUUUCCUGCGUCUAAUGCGACCUGUCUUUCGGCGAAUGGCUCGACGUGCUAACGCCGAGGGAGAAGAAACAGACGAUGAGGAUGAUGAUGACGACGACGACGACGACGAUGAAGAUGGUGAUGAAGAUGAAAAUGAUGAAGAUGGUCCGCGACAUGGAAGACAUAUUCAUUCAUUCGAUUGUGCCCCAUCUUAG